CGAGUUAUAUAUUGUACACUACAUCAUACUUGCCUUUUGAGAAGUUCACUUCUGCAAUGUUACUGUAAUUCACCAGUUAUUCUGGUUCCCUAUUUGAAAGCAGAAGAAAUCUCAAUAUUUUCAGUUUUUUUAGAACAAACUUCUGUUAGCUACUGGACCUUUGCAUCAGAUAGCAGAUUUCAGAGAAAUUUUACCUUCGCUGACCACAGCAAAAUGGAUUACUCUCAAUUCCUCACACCUAUAAGUAUGGCAAGGAAAACAAACCCUGCAAGAAUGACCAGUGGACUGGCAAAGAAGAUGUCCUCCAUAAUAAUGCUUUCAGGGGGGAUGCCAAAUGCUGACUAUUUCCCAAUAAAAGCGGCAAGUAUCUCCCUUCGUGAUGGAACUACCAUUGACAUUGGAGAACAACUGAUGAAGAAAGCUCUCCAGUACAGUCCUUCAGAGGGAAUUCAAGAACUGUUGUCUUGGUUAUAUGAAUUACAGAUGAAAAUCCAUAACCCACCGACAGCAUUGUAUCCUCCCGAGAAAGGAAAAAUGAAGAUAUGUAUCACUACAGGCAGCCAAGAUGGACUCAAUAAAGUAUAUGAUAUGCUUCUCAGCCCAGGAGAUAAUGUCCUUCUAGAUGAACCCAACUUCAGCGGAACAAUGGCAUCACUGCGGCCCUUAGGGUGUAACAUUAUCAAAGUCCCUAGUGAUGAACAUGGUAUUAUUCCAAAAGCUUUGAAGGAAAUUCUUUCCAGGUGGAAAUCCAACAACAUGCACAAGCCCAGUGGCAAGACCCCUAAAUUUCUGUACACUGUUCCCUCUGGGGGCAAUCCUUCUGGAAGCACUUUGACAGCAGAACGCAAAAAAGAGAUUUACCAGCUUGCUCAAGAAUACAACUUUCUUAUCAUAGAAGAUGACCCGUACUAUUUUGUCCAGUUUGAGAAGCCCAAACCACCAUCAUUUCUUUCAAUGGACGUUGAUGGCCGAGUCAUCAGAGGUGAUACUUUCUCCAAGAUCAUUUCUUCUGGCUUGAGAGUUGGCUUUCUAACAGGACCUGCACCUCUGAUAGACAGGAUUAUUCUACAUAUAGAAGUCUCAACGAUGCACACUAGCACUUUUACACAAGUUCUCUUAACAGAGCUUUUUAAGAAGUGGGGCCAAAAAGGUUUCCUGGAAUAUGCAGAUAGAGUGUCAGAAUUCUACCAAAAACAGCGAGACACAAUGCUUGCUGCAGCAGACAAAUGGCUAAAAGGUUUAGCAGAUUGGUAUACUCCUAAAGCUGGACUAUUUUUAUGGAUUAAAAUUAAGGGGAUUCCUGAUACAUACCAAAUGAUAAUGGAAAAAGCAUUGGAGAAAGGGGUGUCUUUGCUUCCUGGGAGAGAUUUUAUGAUUGAUGGCUCAGAACCAUGCCCUUACGUCAGAGCUAGCUUCUCUUAUGCUUCUCCAGAACAAAUGGAUCAGGGUUUUCAGAGAUUGGCUGAACUUAUAAAAGAAGAAUUGGCUGAUGUUAGCAGAGUGGCCUUCAACAAUAUUUAACUAUGUCUCAAAUUUCACCGAAUGAGCUGCUUAAUAAAUAAUUGAAUACAUCCCUGGUAUUC